UGCUUUUGUCCCUGUGACUAGUCUAAGAUCACCCCGCCUCCAGCUCACCCGCUCACUCUAAUGAGUGUUAAAGCGGUGUGGAUUGAUGGAUGUAUUCAGUACUUAGAUGGUCACAAAAUCAUUUCCUUCUGAAGAUGGUAGGCCGACAACCGAGAGAUGUUUACAACAAGGUGUUCAAUAGCACUCCCAAUAUGUUUGUAAAGGUUCAAGAAUAUCAGGAAGUAAAUUUUAAAAUGUCAUAGUGAACCCUACAGAGGCAUGGCCAAUCUUAUUGAGCGAUGCUGAGCCUGCAGACAAAAGGACACUGGGGGUAGCAGGUGUGCGGGUGUGUAACCGUACACCUCGGUUUGCAGGUUAAAUCCCACUGACGACAUCCCAACCUGGUGUUAAUCUACACAAUCCAAUGUUUGACAUUUAGUACGCAGCAGCCAAUGGGUGGUGGCUUCCAUGAUGAAGUGGAACCCAUUAGUAAUGCUUUUAUCACGUGGUCAAUUAAACAGCAAAUCUCAACAAAGAAAGACUGGGGGAAAGAAUGAGUGACAUCAUGUGCGCAUGUGGCCGUGCGUGUGUGUGUAUUUGUGUUUGUGUGUACGUUCCGUUAGGUGACAAUAUAAAAGGUGGGCUGACCCAAGAGGAUACAAGAACCCAGCAUCAGCAUCAGAGAACCAAGACCAAGACAGACGAGAGGAGGAUGUGUCCUACAUGGCUGUUAGCGACGGUGGUGCUUGUGGGUGUGGCCAGAGGAGCCGCCAGUCAGUGUUGGGAGCAUGCAUCCUGUCAGGAGCUGGACUCAAAAAGCCUGAUGGAUUGUCUGCAGCUCUGUCACGCCGACCUCAGUGACUUGAACGCCAACCCGGGACCAGUCCAGCCCCCCCCCAUUCCUGAGUCUGACCCCUCCCCCCCUGCCAAGCGCUCUUACGCCAUGGAGCAUUUCCGCUGGGGGAAGCCCGUAGGCCGAAAACGCCGUCCCAUUAAAGUAUACACGCCCAACGGUGUGGAAGAAGAGUCGAGUGAGGUUUUCCCCGGGGAGAUGAGGCGCGAAUUAAAGAAUGAGCCGCCGGUAGUUUCAGAGGAAGAGGGGGUGAUGGAGGAGGACGGAGUCCAGAAGAAAGACGACACCUACAAGAUGAAGCACUUUCGCUGGAGCAGCCCGCCCCCCAUCAAACGCUACGGCGGCUUCAUGAAAGGUUGGGUCCAGGCCGAGCAGAGACCACUGGUCACGCUCCUCAAGAACGUCAUCAACAAAGAUGGACAGACGCAGAAGUAGUGACACGUUGAGUCGCUGACCACCAAAGUGUGUUUGAACCACGACUGACUGUAAAUAUUGAUGACAUGGAAACAUAAAGUUCCUGCAAACAAAAGCA